AUGCAAUAGCUAAGUGCUAAAAUACCACAAAAUUAAAUCUUUGUUUAAGUUAAAGCUGUAUAAUCGAUGAAAUAAAAUAAAAUUGGUAUUUAAGGAGCUAAGUAUAUUUCAAACGCUAUUAAACACUUUAGAAGAGCCAUUUAAUUAGAUAUUGAUUUAAAUGAUAAUAAUAUAAAAGAAGAAGGAGCUUAAUACAUUGCAGAUGCAUUAUAAAAUUGCUAAAACAUUACCACAUUUAAUCUUUCUUUAAGGAAUAAUAAAAUUGGUGCAGAGAGCAUUAAAAAUAUUGCUAAUUCAUUGGAAAUGUUCAAAAAGCUUUCUUAGUUGCAUCUUGAUUUAUUCGGUAAUUAAAUUAAUAUAGAUGGUACUCCUUAUAUUGCUAGAGCUUUAUAUUAUUGCAAUAAUAUUAACCAUCUAAGCAUAGAUUUAGGUUAGAAUAAUAUUAAAGAUGAAGGAGCAAAUAUUAUUGCUAGUGGUUUGGAAAAAUGUGAAAACUUGUCCUAUUUAAAAAUUGCUUUAAAGAGAAAUUAUAUUUCAAGUGAAGGAGCUAAGAAUAUUUCAAAUGCUUUGAAAAGAUGUAAUAAAAUAACUGGUUUAAAUAUUGAUUUUGGGGUAAAUAAAAUUUCUGCUGAAGGAGUUAAGAAUAUUGCUAAUUCUUUGACAAAAUGUAAAAAUAUCACACUUUUAAAACUCGAUUUUUACGAAAAUAAAAUAAUCUCUGAAGGCAUAUUCAGUAUUACGAAGGCUUUGGAAAAGUGUCAAAAAAUUAGCAAGUUAAAUAUAAGUUUUGGAUAUAUUUAAAUUGGUGAUGAAGGAGUUUAUUAUAUCUCAAGAGCUUUUGAGAAAUGUUAAAACAUUACUUAACUAAAUCUUGAUUUUCGUUCUAAUGAAAUAUAAGACGAAGGAGCUCAAAGUAUUUCAGCCACUCUGGAAAAAGGCUAAAAUAUUACUGAAUUAUAUCUUAAUUUAGAAUAAAAUAAGAUAAGUAUGAAAGGAAUUAAUAAUCUAAUAAUGGCUUUAGAAAGAAGUCAAAACAUCAUCAAAUUAUAUUUUUAUUUAAAGUAAAAUUCUUAUAUUUUCAUCACUUUUAAAUUGUAUUUAAUAAAUAAUUAAAGAUAUGAAGAUGAUAAGCAUGUCUCAAUAUGCUUUAAAUGA